UAAAGAAUAAUAAUUUUUAAUAAUAGAUUUAUAUAAUUAUAAAUAAUAUAAAUUUAAUUUUCUUUUUAACUUAAUUAUGGAAACUGCAAUAGUUAAACUUUCUAAAGAUGAUCUAGAAACUGUUUAUGAACCAGCCGAAGAUUCAUUCUGCAUGCUUGAUGCGUUGCAGAAUGAUUUGGGCGCUUUGAAAAUUAUGAAAUCAGUCUUGUGUCUAGAAAUCGGUAGUGGGUCUGGUGUUCUUAUUACUUCAUUGGCUAUGGAAUUGAAUAAGUAUACUCAAGGUUAUUACGUAGCUAUUGAUAUAAAUCCAAAUGCAUGUAGAACUACAAAAGUAACUGGUAAAAACAAUUCGGUUGAUAUUAAUGUUGCACAAAUGGAUUUAUUAAAUAACAUACGUUAUAAUGAAAUGUUUGAUAUUAUCUUAUUCAAUCCACCAUAUGUAGUAACGGAUAGCGAAGAAGUUACAGAUUCAAAAUUAAUUUCUAGAACAUGGGCUGGUGGAAAACAUGGUAGAGAAGUUAUGGAAAAAGUAUUUCCACACAUUCCUAAAUUAUUAUCAAGUAAUGGAAUUUUUUAUCUAGUUGUUAUUAAAGAAAAUGAUCCGAAUUAUAUAAUUGAAUUGUUCAAACGUUUAAAUAUGGUAGGUACUAUCGUUCAAGAAAGGAAAAUUAGAGGGGAACAUUUAUUUGUGAUGCGCUUUACCAAAAAUUCUAUUUUUUCUUAAUUUAAUAUUAAAAAUAAUGUUAUUAAAAAGGAGAAAAUUUAUUUUCCAUGGAGAUGAUAUAAAAUUACGUUUUUUCUUUUAAACGUAAUAUAUUAUAAUUAUAUAAAGUAAAUAUAUAUAUUUUACAUAUUUCUGUAUUAUUUAUCUUAUGUAUAACAAAUUUUUUUUACUUCGUUGACUAAUUAUUUUUUUAAUUGUUGUAAAAAAAUAAUAAAAAUUUUUUAUGU